AUGUCUUCGAGUUUAUCGGCAGACCAGAUGCAAGCCUUUCAAAUCAUCUCGUCGCUUCGCUAUGAUCCCGGCCUUCCGGAGGUAGUAUCGCGGCAUGCGAAUGACUAUCCAGAACCCCGUCAAUCGCCCUACUACCUACUCGCCUACCACCGAGACCGACUCAUCACCGCGGCGCAGCAUUUUCAAUGGGGGAAAGCAUUGGCCUGGCUACAACGUGAUAUAGAAAGCCUCGAGGAGAUCUUGAAUGGUUCAUUGCCGGAUCAGAGCAAGCCAUGGCGGCUACGCAUUGCAAUUGACUCCAAUGGCCAUGCCGCAGUCGACGUCCACCCAACGGCAGCAAUUGAGCCGCAAAAUCUUCUCGUCCCAUCAUUACACGCGAGUAUAGAAUCUCCUGUGUGGCGUGUCUACGUUGACACGCAACCCACAAUCCCGUCCGGCUUUACCACACACAAAACAACAGCCCGCGAUGACUACACAGCUGCGCGGCUCCGAGCAGGCAUUACCUCUCCAGCGGAAACAGCAGAGGUUCUCGUUGUGAACCCGAACGACGAGAUUAUGGAGGGAAGUAUUACCACUCCGUACUUCCGGCGGCGGGAAACUCGAACAGGAUCUCAGCAAGGCCCAAAUCAAGCUGGUUCAUGGGUCACACCACCCUUGAGCAACGGUGGCAACGCGGGCACAACUAGGAGAUACGCCCUGUCACAAAAGUUUUGUGUGGAGCAAGUACUUUCGCGAGCCGACCUUGUCGAUGGCGAGGAAUGCUGGUUGAGUAAUGGGGUAAGGGGAUUCAUGCGCGGCAUUGUCGUCUUGAAUCGAUGA